AUGUCGGUGAGGUAUCAGGCCGUCGAUGAAAACGAGUGCCCGGAGGGGCCCUAUUUUGCGGGGUCGCGCUCCGACAAGUCGCCGAUUAUUUAUAACAGUUUUUCAAAUGAUUCAAGCUGGAAAGAUCUCUUGAGACUCCCUAAUGAACCAAGAAAACGCCGACUCUUUAUUGCAGCCACCACUUUUGCUAUAGCACUCUUCGUCUUUUUUAUGCUCUCCGUUGCCGUCGCUAAAAUCACCUUGAUCAAAGGUAUCAACGACGACCGCGCCAACACUAAAUAUGGUCUACAACUCAUUCCCGAUCUACGAGUACAUAAAUCCGGGUCUUUCAUUUAUUCCGCUUACAAUAGCCCCUCCUACAAUUCCAUCAAACAGAAAUACGUGACCGAGAUUGACAAAUUUUUGGAUAUAUACUGGAAAGAGCAGCUAGAACGCCAGCGGUAUAUGACUGAUUGUACAGUUUAUGACAAGCCAAAGGACAAAUGGUGUCGCUUUUCGGCCAAGAAACACUUCAAGACUAAUGGCGAAUGUUCUCCGCGAAAUAAUUAUGGUUUCGACUCUGGCGAACCUUGUUUGCUGUUUGCUUUUAAAGAUGAAAUAAAUUGGUCGCCAGAUUGGGUGAAUCGAAAUACUCUCGAUUAUUUGCCAUUUAAAUGUGAAAUCAAAACUUCUUACAAUACCUAUGGUAUUAACGCAACUUACUACCCAUCAGUUGAUGCCUAUCCAGCCUACGGUGGUUUUGCAAUGGAUAAGAUCCCGUCAUCCCCGAUCAAGGGCGAAAACGGCUAUGUGGUCGAUAACGAUGGAGAAAUUUUAUAUGACCUUCCAGCACUGGUAUUUGUUAAGCUGCGCCGUAAUACCCACAACGUCAAGCUAAACUUUGUCUGCUCAAUCAAGGACUCUGUCGAGCAUUAUCAGUUCUCAAACAUGGAUGCUUUUGUUGGUCUGAAGGAUAUUCGAUUCACCAUUGAAACAUAUGAUGAACCC